AUGCCCAUUUGCAUGCUGGGCCCUCAUAGGGCGCUCAUGGACCUGCCGUGUUGCUUGCCGCUGUCGUCGCCCCCCAUGCGUGGGGCUCUUUUGCACGAAUAUGUGGCGUACGAUACUGCACGGAAGCAUGUUGUGUUACGACGUCGUGGGCCAGCCCCCGGAGACGGACAGCAUCAGAGAGAAAAUGCAAAGCCAAGACAAAAACCACCUGGUCAGGGCUCUACUAUGGCGAGCGGGAGACAGGACGGCACGGCGGGAUGGGCAGGAAAAUGUCCGGGGUCAAAUGCGUCGAUCCGCAACGGAACACGGCUACAUCAGCUUGCUCACGAUGCACAGAGUCCUGGACAGAAGGGUUCUAGAGACCUCUUUCCCCUAGGCCUCCUCAUGUUCUGCCUUCCCUUCCGUCCUGUUAAAAUCCCACGCCGUUCCACAAGGCUCAUCUGA